CAAAACUACAGAAAAAGACAUAAAUACUGAAAACCUGGGAACGGAUUGCUAUCUGAUUCAUCGGUCUUGGUUUUAGUUUAGGUUUAAAUGUGCUUAAACAUUAGGAACAAGUAAACUUUCUGUUACCUCUGCACAGCUGAUGUCAAGCAGCUACAACGUGACAGCUUUGAUUUAUUGGUAAUUUUUUUUGGGGGGGGGAAAGAGACACGACGACUUUGUUUUUACUUUUACGUUUUUACUGUUUUAGAACUUCCUGCGUUCAGUUUAAGUUUUCUGUAUGCAAGUAGUUUUCUUGGUGGUGUUACUAUGAUCACACAGACCGAACUUGUUUAGAAACAGUUAUCUCCCCGAGCUCAUGAAUAAUUAAUGAGACAGUGCUGCAAGAGACGCCUUUGGAAAGUUGAGUUUACAAACUUUUUUUUAGCAGAGUCCCAGAACAGUGUAGGAACGUUGAGACAGUGGUUAGGUAAAAGGCAGCAGGAGUUUUAAAUAACAUUUUUUCCGAAUCUGGGAAUACAAGCGACCUGGUAUAUCAGGAAUUAAAGCUAGAAUCGAUACAAUAAUAUUAUUAUUCAGAUCAAUGAUUUGGAGAAUCGGAAAGAACACAAAGGAUAUAGUCUACGUAUAAAACUUUGUUUUGAAGAAAUAUAAUCUAUUGUAGAUUUUGGACCGACUGAUCGUAACUAAGCGGAAAGAUUUUAAGGAUUUUAAAGAGUUUUUUUUUUGUAUUGUCUAUUUUCCCCACCAAAAAUGAACACCAAUUCUCUUCACCCUCUGCCGGGACAGCAAGUUAUCCAUGUCGCCCAGGACCUCGACACUGACCUGGAACAGCUCUUCAAUUCAGUCAUGAACCCCAAGCCGAGUUCCUGGAGGAAAAAACUUCUUCCAGAGUCCUUUUUCAAAGAGCCAGAGUCAGGCUCGCAUUCCCGGCAGUCUAGCACUGAUUCGGGCAGCCUCCCUCCCCGGUUGACGGUUCAACAUGUCCGAUCACAUUCCUCCCCUGCCUCGCUCCAACUUGGGACCGGAGCCAACGGGACCCCCAGCCCGGCUCAGCACGCACAUCUCCGCCAGCAGUCCUUCGAUGUCGCCGAUGAACUGCAAUUGCCACCAGGUUGGGAGAUGGCAUUCACCCCGUCCGGACAGAGAUAUUUUCUAAACCACAUGGAAAAGAUAACCACAUGGCAGGAUCCACGAAAGACCAUGAGUCAAGCGAUGAACCAGAUGAGCCUCCAUCCACCGGCCACAUCCACACCAAUGCAGCAGAGAUCGAUGGCAAUGUCUCAACCAAACCUGGUGAUGAACCAUCACCAUCAGCAGCAGCAGCAGCAGCAGCAGCAGCAGCAGAUGACCUCCAGUCCCCCAGUCUCCCAGCAGAACCUCCCAACCCCCAACGCCCAGGCUGGGAUGAUAAACCUGCCCAACGCACUGACCGCCCAACAGCAGCUCCAACAGAAGAUGAGGCUGCAGAGGAUCCAGCUGGAGAGAGAACGCAUCCGCAUGAGACAGGAGGAGCUCAUGAGACAGGUGGCGCUGUGCAGACAGCUUCCCAUGGAAUCGGACAAUAUGGCUCAAAUACAGACAGCAGUCAACACACCCGCCAUGACACAGGACAUGAGAACCAUGCCAACCAAUGGCUCCGACCCCUUCCUAAACAGCGGACCAUACCACUCCAGGGAACAGAGCACAGACAGCGGGCUAGGGUUAGGCUGCUACAGCAUCCCCACCACUCCCGAAGAUUUUCUCAACAAUGUCGAUGAAAUGGACACUGGAGAGAGCAUGGCUCAGACCACCAUGUCCGUAAACCAGCAGAGCCGCUUCCCAGACUUUCUGGACUCGCUCCCAGGAACCAACGUGGACCUCGGCACGCUGGAGGGAGAAGACCUGAUCCCGAUCCUCAACGACGUGGAGUCUGUGCUCAACAAGAGUGAGCCCUUCCUCACCUGGCUCUAGGCAGGGUGGAGCUUCAACAAACACAAACACAAACUGUCCAGAUUUCCUUCUGGGACUGGAGGGUGAGGGAUGUAGAGCAAACAAACACACCACCCCAUCCAGCUAACAAGACUUUCUAUUUCUGCUUUCUCUCAUAGCAUGUUCAAGUGACACUUAUUCUGUCAUAUGUAGACAAUAUUCACUACAUUUAAUGUACUCACUGGUAGACCAUUAAGCUAGACCUUUGCUUCAUCCUCUGCCCCAUGGGAAUAAGCAUCCGAUGCUUGUUGCUCAUAAUGAACCAAAGGACAUGCUGCAUUGCUGACAAAGGCUUGGUUUGGUUCAGGCACACUGAUGCAGAGUACAAGUUUGGUGAACUUAUGUAUAGAUGGUACCAAAUACUUUUAUAUAAUGUAUUUGUGAAAAAGUAAAGCUUUAAUGAUUAUCCGUAAACUGUAUGUUUACAGUUUCAAGUCUUUUUUUUUUUAAACACAAUUACAAUAAACACACUUUGCUAGUCAAUCAGAUAAACCAAUUAGGUAUUCUAGUCAUUUUAGAUUGUCUUUAGAUGUCGAGAUAUACAGCCUGUGUUUUGAUAGUGAUCACAUUAAGGACACUGUGGGUUUCUUUUCCCUUUUUUUUCUUAUUUUUUUUUUUUAGAAUGAAUUUGGGAAGAACCAUUGAUUUUUAAAAGUAGGUGUUUGAUGUUUGAAGCACUAGAAGUCAGCAAUGAAUUGUAAGAUUUCUCAAAAAAAAAAAAAAAGAAACAAUGUUGUAUGUUUGGGAGAAGAAUUUAAAUACAGUUUUCAGGGCCCACUUUGUAAAUUGUAACUUUUAACGCAAAAAAAUGUGUUCGUAUGGCAUCAUAAAGCAGACUUUUUUUAUAUUAACUUCAACUAGUGAGAAUAUUAUAUUUGCAAAGUGGGCUAGAAUGAUAUACCUAAAGAGAACAACAUAGAAGUGUGUUCUGCAGGGAGUCUGGGGAAAAAAAACAAAAAAACAAAAAACAUUUUGUAUUACUUGGGUUGUCCAAGUAUUAAUGUAAAUAAAAUUAGUGAUAUCUUCAGUUAGAAAAAUAUGGGUCGAAUAUCAGUAUCACAAGACACUCUGAAGUCCACCUGCAGCACAACUUGAUCAUUUGUGAUGGUAAUCUUUUAUUUUUUCCUGCAUGUUGGAUGCCUUACCUGUUUUUCCUGAUAUAGGUGAUUUAUAAUCAUGUUAUUUAUCAUGUCUUCUGUAUUAUUUUAUUUUAUACAGUCCUAUUCAUGAAACUGUAGCAUAUGCCUUAUUUAAAGACUGUUUUCAUUUUUAAUUUGGUAUCCAUGAAACCUUUUGUUACUGUUUAUUAAAGAGUCUAUGCAGUUAUUUUUUUUUUUUAACAGUCUCUACCUUUUUAAAUGUUUACAAAAACUUAAAGACUGUCUUUGAAUGAAGAGCCAGCUAGAGUUUCAUGCGAAGGGCUUAUAGACUUUAAAGGACUGAGAAAGCAACAAAGCUGCUGGAUUAUUAAAAACAGAAUGCAUUCAUUAAAGCAGUUCCUCCAGCACUGCUCAUGACGUCCAAGCAAAGCCAGCUUCUGUAAACUGAAUCUAAAGUAUAUUAACUUUUAUUUGUCGGACUCUUACGUACACAGGAGUCCAGAGUUCUAGUUCCUGUGACUCAUGUGUUAUAAAGCGAGGGGAUCACAGUCUGCCAGCUUUUCUUGCGUGAGGGGGAACAGUCUAAACAUUCGCAGGAUGUUGCGUUGGGUUUGCACAGGGAGAACUUUUGAGUUUAUUCUGUCCGACAAACGGGGAAGAAGCAGGUAAAAGAAAGGUCAGUGUGAAUGCUCUUGGCAAAAGCACUGAGAAGAAGAUUGCAGUGUCUGAGAGUUAAUGGAUGGCUACAUCUAAACAGAAAGUCAGUAAAUCGUACACUAAAUAAAGAAAAUGCUCAGUGAGUAUCCCAAACUAAACUGGGUCCGUGGAAAUUAAGCUCUGUUGUUUCUACUAUAUAGUAUUAUUACAAUAAAAAAAAAAAAAAAAGUAUUAGUUAUCCGAAUGUAGAUAAUUGCCAAAGUCAUUAUAGUAACCAGAAUCGCCCCAAAGUGGUAUUUGUUGUUCUGCAAUCAUUGAAUUAAUUGCUGUAUAGCAGUCAGAAAAAAUGCCCAACAGCAAGGUAGAUGAACAGGUAGAGCCAGUUGUUCCAUAGGUCACAUUCCCAGUCAUGACACAUGCAGUGCCUGGAUUUACUGGGAUGCAAUGACAAGUCCUCCCUGUGCUCUUAUCAGUAGAAGGUUUUAGUAUAUGUGAGUGGUGAUAGCAUGUCAGUGAAUGCUGGAAUCACAAACUAAUGUUGUUACAUGCAACAGUGUGGAGUUCACAUAUAAGAAUGUAACCCUCCAUGUGGAGACUUUGAAUAGUCAUGUAAUGCUAUAUAUAUAUGUUUUAAUACAAUAUUGAUUGUUGAGAUAUUAGAUAUGUUUCUCUGUAAACUUGAUACAUACUGUUUUGUGCCUGUUUUCAAGUGAAGUGUGUGUUUCUAUUGUUGUUUUAGCAUACAGAGAGUAUGCAUGCUAAACCGAUCACAUUACAGUUUAUUAUAUACACUUGUUUGGUACUGGUUUUUAUUUCUUUGGUCUUGUACUUGAACAAAAAAAAAUGAAUAAAAACAAAUAUAACUGAAUUAAA